AUGGAUAGCGAUACCGAGAGCGAAAGUAGCUUCGAGCUACCUGACGAUGGCUCUCAUGACGGCGGAAAUAGCGGUAUCACUCCGAUUAGCCUCACUCGAGCACAAGCCUUGAAUUUAUAUGUUAGCCAUGCUUUCUCGACUUGGAACGCUCGUGGUUAUGAGUUCGCGGCAAUUCUCUUUACGGCAGCCGCAUAUCCUGAUACCCUUGUAGCAGCUGCGUUACGCAUGAUCAUAGUAUAUUUUGCCAUGAUCCUGUUCUCUAGCUCGGUUGGGCAAUGGGUCCAGAAGUCUCCUAGCAGACUCCGCACGUUGCUCUCGACUAUCGUUUGUAAUCGCGGCUCAGUUAUUCUCGGCUCCUUUUUCUGGGUCUUGAUAUUGAGUCAGGAGGACUUGGUAGGACGCCAAGCAACCUUUGUAUUACCUGAAAACGCUAUCCUCAAGGGUAUAGGGUUCGCCAUCGCUGUGACGCUCGGUAUUAUCGAGCGUUUAAGUGCGUCUGCUAAUCUUAUCUCGAUGGAGCGAGAUUGGGUCGUCACCGUUGCUGCUCCUGCUGGUAACCCCUAUGACCUUACUCACUUAAAUGCUGUCAUGAGGAGGAUUGAUCUUGUCUGCAAACUCAUCUCGCCCAUCUUGAUUUCAGCCGUUAUCUCGAUCCUCGGAUCGAUCCGGUUAGCUAACUCGAACAAGCCGUUUUCUUUUGACAAGAGCAAGCGAUUCCUCGCCGCGGAGCUGUACAGGCUCGUGCUAGAUGAAAAUCCGGUUACUCAGCUCAACUAUCUUGAGGCUGGCAAAUAUGGCCGCCCCAAGAAGCGAAACGCAGCUACAGAUAUGGACAUGGAGAGUAGCGAUCAUGACUUCCAUGCCGGAUGUCAAACUGGGGAUAUGAUGGAGGAUACACACCCUGUGAAACGUACGAAGCUGUGUGACCCGGAUAUGGACACCAGUAUCGCUGCCGACUCCCAACAGCUCCCUCAUCCGCGAGUACAUCCGCUAUACGCUGCCCGCUACGGUAAAGACUCUGCCUGGCAUAUCCCCAGCACGAAGGGAUAA